CAUAUACACACACACACAUAUACACACACACACACAUAUACAGAGACUGAAUGAAUUCUGCAAGUGGUCAGAACGAUGGCUCGCAACGCAGCGGAGAGACGCGACUCUACUACGUACGGUGAGCCACGUAAGUUUGACCCAACAUUCAAGGGGCCACUUCACAACAGGCGUUGUACUGAUUUCCUUUGCUUUGUAUUAUUCAUUAUCGUGAUCCUUGGGUACAUGGCACUUGGUGUUGUUGCCUGGGUCCAUGGAGACCCAAGAAAAGUGAUCUACCCUACCGAUAGCCACGGACAAUUCUGUGGCCAGCAAGGCACUGCCAAUCAGAACAAGACAAUUUUAUUCUACUUCAACAUUCUCAAGUGUGCAAGUCCUGCAGUGCUUAUAAAUUUGCAGUGUCCAACGAAGCAGCUCUGUGUUACAAAGUGCCCAGACCGGUUUGCAAGUUAUAUCAACAUGCAAGCACAGUCCUACAGAAACAAAAAAAACUAUUGGAAGUAUUACAGACAGUUUUGCAAACCGGGCUUCGAUAACCCUAGAAAGUCAGUUGCAGAAGUGUUGCGAGAUGAAGACUGUCCUUCAAUGAUUGUUCCCAGCAGACCCUUCCUACGGAGAUGCUUUCCUGACUUUACAACCAAGAAUGGAAUAUUAACUGUAGCGAACAAGACAACUUUCAAAGAUGGACUUGGUAAAACACGAAAUGUGACUGACUUAAGGGACGCUGCCAAUGGCAUAAAUGAUGUUCUUGAUGCGAGAGAGGUUGGAAUGAAGAUUUUUGAAGACUAUACUAACUCCUGGUUCUGGAUUUUAAUUGGGUUGGUCAUUGCAAUGGUUGUGAGCUUGGUGUUCAUCCUACUCCUGCGGUUUACAGCUGGCGUACUAUUCUGGUUUGUGAUCUUUGCAGUAGUUGGGGUGAUAGGCUAUGGUAUCUGGCACUGUUACUGGGAGUACAGCAGCCUCAAAGGCAAGCCUGGAGCAGAUGUUGCUAUCUAUGACAUUGGGUUCCAGACAGAUUUCAGGAUCUAUCUGCAGCUCAGGCAGACGUGGCUGGCUUUUAUGAUUUUUCUUUGCAUUAUUGAAGUGAUCAUCAUACUGAUGCUGAUUUUCCUAAGAAAAAGAAUUUUUAUUGCAAUUGCACUCCUCAGGGAAGGGAGCAAGGCCAUAGGAUAUAUUAUGUCUACAUUAUUCUACCCGAUCAUCACCUUUGCUCUAGCCAUCUGUAUUUCCUAUUGGGCAGUCACAUCUAUAUUCCUAUCAACGUCUGGUGAAUCAGUAUACAAAGUGAUGGCCAACCAGGGCCACUGUAUAUAUGCAAACAAAACAUGCAAUCCUGAGACAUUUAAUUUGACCAAUGUCAGCAAAGUAUGCCGGGGUGCUCAGUGUUCAUUUGCUUUCUAUGGUGGGGAAAGCAUUUACCACAAAUACAUCCUUGUCCUUCAAAUCUGCAACCUUGUUGUCUUCUUGUGGCUUGUGAACUUUGCAAUUGCAUUGGGACAGUGCACGUUGGCUGGUGCCUUUGCCUCCUAUUACUGGGCCUUUAAGAAGCCAGCUGAUAUACCAGCAUUCCCUCUGCUUGCAUCAUUUGGCCGUACACUGAGGUACCACACAGGUUCAUUGGCUUUUGGCUCUUUAAUUCUUGCAAUUGUCCAAUUUAUAAGAAUCAUUUUGGAAUACCUGGAUAAUAAACUGAAAGGUGCACACAACCAGUUUGCCAAAUUUGUGCUGUGCUGCAUGAAAUGUUGUUUUUGGUGUUUGGAAAGGUUCAUUAAAUUUCUUAAUAGGAAUGCAUAUAUAAUGAUUGCAAUAUAUGGUAAAAAUUUCUGCACAUCUGCAAAGGAAGCCUUCUUUUUGCUGAUGAGGAAUGUUGUCAGAGUGGCAGUAUUAGAUAAAGUUACAGAUUUUCUACUGUUCCUGGGGAAACUCCUGAUUGUUGGAGGUGUAGGUGUGCUUGCGUUUUUCUUCUUCACACGCAGAAUAACUAUAAUUGCAGAUGAGGCACCAGUGUUAAACUAUUAUUGGGUACCUUUGAUGACUGUGAUAUUUGGAUCGUAUCUAAUUGCACAUGGUUUCUUCAGUGUCUACGCAAUGUGUGUAGAUACUUUAUUCCUCUGUUUCUUGGAAGAUUUAGAGAGAAAUGAUGGCUCACCAGAGAAGCCCUAUUUCAUGAGUAAGUUAUUGAGGAAGAUUCUGAACAAGAAGAAUAAAGUCAAGGAGGAAUGAAGAAUAUGGUGCAAACUACGUCAUUCCUCAGCUUGUUUGCAUAAAUAUUAGGUUGUCCAUAUCGGAAUUUAAAAAGUCAAGCAAAUCCGAACAAUAUUUCGUGACCAUGCUUUGUUAAAAUCGACAUGGUUAGAGAAUUUGGAAGCCUAGUGAUAAGUGGCUACAAAAACAGGAAGAUGUGUGAAUAUGUAAAUGUACACUAAGUAUUCCAUUGUAGAUAGGUCAAUAGAAAGGUACUUUUAUUUCAAGCUUUCAACAAACUAAUGGUAAAUCCCAAAGGCAACAAAUUGACAACAUUCCAGCUAAGGAAGAACAGAAAAUACCAUUGAAAAUAAUAUUCUAUUGGAAAUAAUGCCCGCAGUAUUUAAAUGCCUACAUCAACAUCAAAAAAUCACCCAAAGCAGAGCUAUUCCUUUAUAAAACCUAUUUACCAUUGCUGAUUUUAUUUCAGCCAAUAUAUUAACAUCAAUUUGAUAUUUCAAAAUAUUAUUUCUGGCUGAUAAUCAGUUCAAGUGCCUUCUCUUCAGUGUUGGUCAUGAGUCCAGAAUGGUGGGAUACUAUAUUACUAGUGACUGACAGAAUCUCCCAGACUGAAAAUAACACAACUUUGUGCUAAAAGUAGCAAAGGCAUUUUGAAAUGAUUCCCUUUGGGUAGAAAAACUGAGAUGACUUGAGAUAAAAGUGUUUUAGAACAAUGCAGAUUUCCCUAAAUUCCUGUUAAGAGCAAGUUAAUUCUUAAAUCUAUAUUCUCAGAUGAUCACAUGUUCAUGGGUAAUAAACUGACAGUGGGCAAUUCUUUUAAGUUAGGUGUAUAAAUAAUAAUACUUAAUGUAACAUUUAAUUCAGUGACAAUUACAAAAAACCUUUUAGUAAUAACCAUAUAUACUACUAAAAACAUUUUCAGACUGAUUUACUUUCUUAUUUUACAUCAAUGGUUUGCAUUGAGAAUAUUUUUAAGCUUCCAGUGUAAAUUAUUUAUUUAAACACUAUCAAAACUGGUUCAAAACAUUCCGAGCUAGUCAGUGGUUUUUACGCUGACUGUACUGUAAAAGUUGUCAGUAAUUACUGGUUUGGUGACAUAACAUGUGUUAUGUUCUAUGAUAAUCGUGCCUAAUGUUAUAAUAAGAAUUCCUUUUUAAAACCUUUUAAUCAUGUACACAUAUUGUUGAGGCUCAGUAUGCUAAUUACAUUGCUGUGCUGUUGUGGCUCCAAAUUAUUCCAGCAAGUAGCUGGAAACAGCUUCACACAAAAGAACAAACCAAAUGUGCAGACUAUUUGAGGCUAACUGCAACUGACUACAUGUCCAAAGCAUACAAGAACACCACAGUACAACCACCAAAAGAACAACUCAUAUGCAUUGCAGAGCCAGUUCUGGCCAUGGAAAUAAAACAAAGAAUCCUUAAAUGAACAUUACUUUCCAUUAGACUUAUUCCAAUAUACAAAGUAGCAUCUUUGUAAAUCAGAUGUGCAGUAAAUGCCAAAUACAUACAGCAUUUUUUUUAUAAGGCAAAGGCUCAUUACAAAUAUUCAAUUGGAAGCUCAAAUAUUCCUGCAAGAACAAACAUCAAGAACCCAUUAUUUUUAAUAAUAUAAAAAAUAUAUGUAGCAAUGGCAAUUGAGUAAAGCAUUUUUACCCAAAAUAUCCCAGACAAAAAUAUUCUCGCUCUUUCUCUACCCCAAUCAUUGAAUAAAUUAGAAUGACAAAAGAAAGCUCGAUAGGAAAAGAAGCUUGCUCUUAACCAGGAACUUAGUCUCAUAGAAAUAAAUGAGAAAAAUUAAUUGUGUUGGGAACAAAUUUAUUAAGCAGAAUUUGUUUUUAUUACACAUAAUAGCCUGUAUAUCUUAAAUGUACCAUUUGCACAACUACACACACUGAUAAAUUACUUAACAUUUCAAAAUUAUUCUAAGAGUAAAAGAUAUUAUAUUACAUACAGUGAUCAGGGCUGAUGCAUCAGUUCAUACUGUGUUUCUUUGCAGCAACUGUACCUGGUAAAAUACUGAAUAGUUAUCUUGGUAUUUCUUCAAUACUGCAAGGAAACAUUGGUUAAAUUUUAUUAGUCUUUUCUAAAACAGACAUGCAAAAUAUUGUUUAUAUAGCUUUUUUUUAAAGCUGUUGUAUUAUUGGGAGCCAGCGGUUAAUACUGAAUAUAAAUUCAAAAUUUCCUUAAUGAACAAUUGUGUACCAGCUAGAUCUGGAUUUCAGUGCAUAUGAAUCAAAUUCAUGUUUGCAUGUCUCAUUUAUAAAGUGUUAUUUUACAAA